AUGGAUUCCGAUUUGGAGUACAUAUAUGAGCAGUAUGUUGAGUCGUCCGACGGCUCGUCGGACGAGGAGUACUCCAAUAAGACGACGACGAUUCAGGUGGUCCUUGAAGACGUGGAGUGUGUAGAGGAGCGUGUUCUCAAUUUCAAGGGCUCGAUCAAGGAUCAUCGAGUGCUCAACCGCAACAGGGGGCGCGGGCAUUUGACACUGAUGGCCGACUACUUUGCCCUCAAUGCACUAUUCACUGACAAUUUUCGCCGGCGUUUCCGAAUGCGCAAGACUGUCUUCGAUCAUUUGUACCAUGGCGUCCGGUCCUACGAUGGCUACUUCAUCCUGAAGAAGGACGUCGUGGGAAUGAUUGGCUUUUCUGGUUACCAUAAGUGCACGCCCGCACUCCGGAUGCUUGCAGAUGGCACGACCGCUGAUUCGUACCUACGGAUGUCUGAGACCACAUGCGGAGAUGCCAUGGUAAGGUUUGCAACUGUCGUGGUCGAGGUGUUCGGACCUCAGUACUUGAGAGAACCAACUGUGGCAGACACCGAGAGGCUCUUGGCAAUCCUAGAAGCAAGAGGGUGGCCAGGUUUGCUUGGAUCUCUUGACUGCAUGCAUUGA